UUUAGUUAAACAUAUAAGAAAUAUCAAUCUAUUUAUUUCUGUCGUGUAAGUUUUUGUCGACUCUAAAUAAAAUUUAACGUAAUUUACCCUAAAAAAGUAUUGUUAUUAUAAAUUUGUGUAAUUUAAUCUAAAAAGUAUUUGUUAUUAUAAUCAUGGGAUUUUUACUCUAAAAAUAUGUGGAUUGGAAGCCUGCUGGUUUGAACGAGGGGUAUAAUGGUAAUUAAGAUUACGGCAAUCACGGCCUGGGUUUUUCGUAGGUUGUGGCAUUGAGCAAAGGGGGGCAGGCCCCGAAGAUCUUCUGAGAAGGUAUCUAGGAUUCAAGGUCGAUCAUGGAAGGUGAACACAAACAGAGAAAUUGGAUGCUUCCACCACCCACCGACCGUCCAGUUCGUGUCUACGCCGACGGCAUAUAUGACCUUUUCCACUUCGGCCAUGCUCGUUCCCUUGAGCAAGCCAAAAAAUCGUUUCCAAAUACUUAUUUGCUUGUUGGAUGUUGCAAUGAUGAAGUCACCCACAGCCUGAAGGGUAAAACAGUCAUGACUGACAAGGAGCGUUAUGAAUCUCUUCGCCACUGCAAGUGGGUUGAUGAAGUUAUUCCAGAUGCACCAUGGGUACUUACACAAGAGUUUAUUGACAAACAUCAGAUAGACUAUGUGGCUCACGAUUCUCUUCCUUAUGCCGAUGCAAGUGGUGCUGGAAAAGACGUCUAUGAAUUUGUGAAGUCAAUUGGAAGAUUUAAGGAGACAAAACGAACAGAUGGGAUUUCCACAUCAGAUAUAAUCAUGAGAAUUGUAAAAGACUAUAACGAGUAUGUGAUGCGCAACUUGGAUCGAGGUUACUCAAGAAAAGAUCUUGGUGUCAGCUACGUAAAAGAAAAGCGGUUGAGAGUGAAUAUGGGUUUAAAGAAGCUGCGUGAAAAAGUAAAAAAACAACAAGAAAAGGUGGAAGAGAAGAUCCAGACAGUUGCAAAAACUGCUGGUAUGAAUCAUAACCUGUGGGUUGAGAAUGCUGAUCGUUUGGUUGCUGGUUUCCUUGAAAUGUUUGAAGAGGGUUGCCACAAAAUGGGAACAGCCAUCAGAGACAGAAUACAAGAACAGUUGAAGGCAAAUGGAAACAGGAGGGGACUCACGUUUGAGAAUAAUGAAAAUGAAGAGGAAGAAGAUGAAGAUGAGUAUUAUUAUGAUUAUAGCACUGAUGAAGAAGAGUUAUCCAGUGGGGAAGAAUGAAUCAACAUCUGUGUGGUGUGGAGAUUAUUAUAGAAUGUGUUUUGUGUGAUAUAAAUGGCGUGGCGUGUUUUUAGUCUGUGUAUCAUAAAUUUGCAAUUUGGAUUUUCAGUUGGUUUUUUAAAUGUACCAAAUUUAAGGGUUUCAAGUGACAGGAAGUUAUGUUUUGGACUAUUUUGACACUUUGUUUGAUAUUGUUUUUGGUCAUCUGGUUAGGUUUUUUGUACCAACCCUUAUCAACUUAGUUUUUUUUUAUACAUAUAUCCAUUUGUUUUUGCGAGGACAUGUACGACUCGAAUGUUGUAUCAUGUGCGAAUGAAAAGACUAUUGUCCCUGGAUAGUUCUAGAC